UUCCCCUCGCUCGCCUGCGCUUGUCAUAACGAGUUGCGGAGCCGAUUCACCGACACCGAGCUCUGGGCGGUGUCUCCCAGCCCCGGAGAAAGGCGAGCAGAGAUCAGAGCGAAGAAAAUAUUAUUAUUAUUUUUUAAAAACAAGAAAACAAAGCGACAGAAGAUUUUAGACGGAAAACCCGAAACACGAAGGAAUGGAAGAUCAUACCCAAUCCUCCCUCGUUACCUCGUCCAAAGGAACAGAAGGCAAUGUUGAUUCAUCCCCAGCGGCCUCGUCAGGAAUGUCUGUCGAGCGAUCUCCGCCACCACCACCACCACAAAGUGCCCCCGGGCCGGCGGGACCACCCUCGCCGCCUCCUCUGCCCGCCUCGCCCCCUCCGCCCCGGACCCCCGAGGCUGCCACUCCAGACCGAGGCCCGCCCGGCCCGCCGGAGGAGGAGGAGGAGGAGGUUGUCUCGGGGACGCGGGGCGCCGGCGGGCCGCAGAGGGCGGGGCCGGGUCCUGGAAGCUACCUGGAGAAGUACAGUUGGAUGAGCCAGCCCGGGCUGACGUUCGAGAGGGAGGGGCGGCCGGCAGCGGCCGAGAAGCGCCCGCCGGCGGACCUCGGAGCCGGGAGGGACCAGGCCAAGAGCGACCCGUCCUCCGUCGACUCCUCGCAGGAGGAGGACUCCCUGGAGAGGCUGACGCCCGACUCGCCAUUCGAGGUGCUGGCCGAGGCGCAGGAGAAGGAGCCCCGCCCCGCACCGGCAGCUGAGGAGCGCCCGCUGGGGCUGGAGGAGCCCUCCCCCGCCGGAGGAGCGGCGGGCGGGAGUGGGCCCAACGGAGCGAGGGCCGAAGUUGGCGCUGUUCCGGGGCCAGAGGGCGCGAGGUGCAGCUUCCUGUCGGGCAACCAGUCCUCCCGCCGCCCCGAAGCUCAGGAGGAGGCUCCCGGCUUGGGAGGCAGACCCACAGCGGCAGAGCAGGGAAGGGCGGAAGAAGUGCAGUCUUUGGCCACAGUAGUGUCUCUGGAGAGCUUCCAGCCGCCCCCGCCCCUGCCUGCAUUAACGACCGUCCUCCCUGAAUCUUCCAGCCCUGGUCCGCAGGCUAAGGACGGGUCCGUCACCUUGGACCAGCGUCCGGCGGACGGACGGUUUCAGCCAGUUACCUCCCCCUCAGUUGGGGCACCGUCCUCGGCAGAGGUCUGCACAGUCCAGCCCGCACUGCCCGUUGCGGACGGGCACGUGGAGAAUUUAGACCAAGUGUCUGAGGCCAAGACUUCGACUGACAGGGGCGGCGGUGAGACACGACCCGGCCCCUGGUCCCCGGGGGAGGCUCCCCCACGCGUUAACGAAGCCGCCCCGGUGUGGUGCCCACCCCGAGCCCCAGCCGUCCGGACCACCGCUGCCCUCGACCGCGCUCAGCCGGAACCACCGAGGGCGGACAGAUCCGGGGAAUCCAGGGACGUGGCCGUCGCGGUUCUCAAAGGGCCCCCGGGUCCCCAGCCUGUGGCCCGGGAGGCAGCCGCCGUGGCGGGGCUGCCCGGCGUUUACGGCGGCCAGCAGAAUGUGGGUCUGGUGUCAGUCACUAGCAUCACCGAGGUAGCCCGGGAGCAGGGCGUUGGCGCCGGAGAGGUGAAGGCAGUCAGCCCUGUGAGCCGAGGUGCCGAGGGGGAUGGGAGCCAACCAGGAGACACCCGCGCUUCCCAGCCGGAAAACCAAACAGGAUUGGGCACAGCUUCCCAGCCGGAAAAACAAACAGGAUUGGGCACAGCUCCCCAGCCGGAAAAACAAACAGGAUUGGGCACAGCUUCCGGGCCGGAAAAACAAACAGGAUUGGGCACAGCUCCCCAGCCGGAAAAACAAACAGGAUUGGGCACAGCUUCCCAGCUGGGAAAACAAACAGGAUUGGGCACAUCUUCCCAGCCAAAGGACAAGGCAGGAUUGGGCACAGCUUCCGGGCCGGAAAAACAAGCAGGAUUGGGCACAGCUUCCCAGCUGGAAAAACAAACAGGAUUGGGCACCGCUCCCCAGCCGGAAAAACAAACAGGAUUGGGCACAGCUCCCCAGCCGGAAAAACGAGCAGGAUUGGGCACAGCUCCCCAGCCGGAAAAACAAACGGGAUUGGGCACAGCUUCCCAGCUGGAGAAACAAACAGGAGUGGGCACCGCUCCCCAGCGGGAAAAACAAACAGGAUUGGGCACAGCUCCCCAGCCGGAAAAACGAGCAGGAUUGGGCACAGCUCCCCAGCCGGAAAAACAAACAGGAUUGGGCACAGCUUCCCAGCUGGGAAAACAAACAGGAUUGGGCACAGCUUCCCAGCCGGAAAAACAAGUAGGAUUGGGCACAGCUUCCCAGCCAGAAGAACAAGCAGGAUUGGGCACAGCUUCCCAGCUGACAGACCAAGCAGCAUUGGGCACCACUUCCCAGCUGGAGGACCAAGCAGGAUUGGGCACAGCUUCCCAGCUGGAGGACCAAAUAAAACUGGGCACAGCUUCCCAGCUGGAGGACCAAGCAGGAUUGGGCACAGCUUCCCAGCUGGAGGACCAAAUAAAACUGGGCACAGCUUCCCAGCCGGAGGACCAAGUAAAAUUGUGCACAGCUUCCCAGCCAGCGGACGGGGCAGGAGUUCCAGGUCAUCAACCUGAGGGAGGGGCCACAGGAGGGAUGGGGGGACUGGCGCAAGGAAGAAUCGGAGCUGUGUCGCCUCCUAUGUCGGUGGGCAUUGGCCCAGCCGAGGGACGCUGGUCAGCGGCAGACGAGCAGAAAGCCAGCCCCAAGAGCUCACCGGACGCGGCUACGGCGGACAGCCCCGACCUAGAGAGUCCCAGCCUCGAACUAGGGGACACGUCCUCCCCACUUCUGGAGAUGAUCCGCAGGUCGGAAAUGCAGAGGGGCCUGCUGGCCCGGGAGCAGCAGGAGACGCCGCCGGCGGUCACGAAGCAGUUGGCUGUCGUCAAGCCCAGCCCCGUUCUGGUUGUUCUGGAGACCCCAUCUGUCGUCAUUGGACCCCCAUCCGGCCCCACCCCAGAGCCCGAGCCGUCCGGGAGCCCGUCGCCCGCCGAGGGAGGCGGAGGAGUGGAGACGGGGGAGCGGACCAGCCCCCCUGCCCCCCGGGAGCCCGCCCUUCCACCGGCGUCCCCCUCUGAGCCCUCGCCGGCUGGUGGAGAGGAACGGGAAGACCAGGAGACCCCGGAGGAGGUGGUUGGUGGGGAGGCUGCGGAGAGAGAGAAGAGAACCACAGUGAAGGAUCUGAUCUACUGGACCGACCCCAAGAAGACGGGCCUGGUGUUCGGCUCGGCACUGACCCUCCUGGUGUCGCUGGCAGUCUUUAGCGUGGUCAGCGUGCUGGCCUACCUCGUGCUCGCUCUCCUCGCCGUCACCAUCAGCUACCGCGUCUACAAGUCGGUCAUCCAGGCCGUGCAGAAGACCAGCGAGGGAAACCCUUUCAGAGCCUAUUUGGAGCAGGACGUCACCAUGUCGCCAGACACCUUCCGCAAGUACUGCGACACCACCCUGGUGCACGUGAACCGGGCUCUGAAGUACCUGGUGCAGCUCUUCCUGGUUCAGGAUCUGAUCGAUUCGCUCAAGCUCGCGGUUCUGAUGUGGUUAAUGACGUACAUCGGUGCGGUAUUUAACGGACUGACCCUUCUCAUCCUGGCUCUCCUGCUGACGUUCAGUGUUCCCGCUGUCUACAAGAAAUACCAGACGGAGAUCGACCACUACGUGCAGCUGGUUCAGAAGCAGAUCAGCAGUGCCACUGGGAAAAUCCAGGAAAAACUGCCCGGCACAAAGCGGAAGACUGAGUAAAUGGCUGGACUCCCACUCCAGGCAAUUUUGCUCCCCACGCCCACCAAACAAGCUACUAAACCACACCCCCCUCCCCCCAGCCCACGUGUGUUUUGGAAUUAAAACGCUCAAUGCCCGUGCUUGGAUCUGUACUGCUGUCGUCACCAGUCUGCUGUGAUGGGUCACAGAGGCCUCCCCGGCCACCCCCUCCCUCCACUCUCACCUCCCCACCCCUCCUCCCUCCACACGCAGGAGAGGCGGAGGGGGGAGAAUGAAGAUAGUGGUCAGUAUUACCCAUCAGUGCACUAGCUGAGAACAACAUUCC